CAGGUGUGGUUUGAGACGCCGGGGAGCCUGGAGCUGCGUUACCGGUUGGCUGGCGAGUUGGGGUUGCGCGGGGUGGGUGUGUGGAACAUGGGCGGCAUCAACCACUCGGCACACGCGGAGCCCGCCGUACAAGCUGACACGAAGGCCAUGUGGGCAGCCGUACGGAGCUUCAUGGGGGGGUCUGAUGCCUUCAAGAGGGCGGAGCAGCCCUGGCAGGUGCACAGGGAGGAAAAGGGCCCUAUCAAACCGUUGGAAAUCACAGGUUACGGCGCACGGCGUCCGGAUUUCAGAAAUAAGGGGGCAGGAUGCGGGAGGCGGAGCGUUCAUGGAACCAUGUAAGCCCACUAGUGGUGUGAUUACCGGUACGAUGCUAGCUGGCCUGCAGACCUGGCUCAUGCAAUCACGCACACAUCCGCAUGCAUUGUAGGGCAAUCAGCUGUUUGUAGCCCAGCUAGGCUAAUAGCAUUCCAUAUCGAAUUUAAAUAAAGAUCAGCACGGAGACAGGGGCAGUUGAUACGCUGCCGAGCGGCGGUGAUUGCAUCGCGACGGGGGCUGCCUGAGUGUUGCAGCAGUUGCCGGCUGGCUAGGAGUGACCCGCGGGACGUUGCGACAUUGCUUCCGGCUCAACCAUAAUCGGUGGUUCGUCGUUUACGUUAUCUCUCACGGUUACAGGCCUCAGCAAAUGGCUUCAACUUUGGCACCUGUAAAUAGUCGGGGAAGUCAA